GCCUAAAAGAUGCGUUCUAUACAUGUACUGUGGCCCAGUUGACUGGCCUGGGAGAGUGGAAUCUGCCUCAAGACCUUGCCACACCCCUUCGGUUAAAACUGGGAGGAACAAAAUUACAACAAAAAAAAUAAAAAAGGUCAAACACAAAAGAUUUAGAAGCUGACUCUCUGUCUGAAUUCCCCCAAUCCCAACACGACCAGCCCGCCCGGUUUCUCUUCCUCUUCCUCCCCCCAAUUCUCUCUCUAUACUAUAGUCUAUAUCCUCUCUCUCUUCUCUCUAGAUUCUCUCGAACAUGGCAAGGCGGCUCGAAGACGAUGACGGAGACUUUUUCGCGUCGCUGAGCUCCCCUCCCCCUCGUCCUAUUGAUGCCAAAUUGGGAGUCUCAGCAAACCUCCAUGAAGAAGAAAACGACGACGACAAAGAGGAACAACAACCAUACAUCCAACUGAAGGGAUUCAGCCUGGACGAGGGGGAGGAUCCUCCUCCUAACAAUAACACUGCUACUCGCACCCCUCUUAAGAUAUUCGAUCGAUUCUAUGGCUCCUCCUCAUCCGACGACGACGAUGACUUCUACUCUACCGGCAGCGGCGGCGGCUGUGGUCUUGAGAAUGUCACCGUCCAGAGUGCCGGCAAGCGCCUUGAUUACAUGAUUCAGUUCUUGGACCGCAAACUAUCCUCCCCAGACGAUAAAAAUCAUAAUGAUCCUAACAACUCAGAAAUUCGAUCUCUGCCGGAGUUCGUGGCUAGCGGCGGAGGAACUGGAAUCUUCAAGCUUCCACUUCGAGCAGCAGUCCAUCCAGGCCGACCCCCCAGCCUCGAGUUGAGGCCUCACCCCCUCAGGCUCAGGGAGACCCCCCAAAUUGGCUGCUUUCUCAGGACUCUACACUCUACAGACAAUCAAUUGUGGGCUGGCUCCGAUUCCGGAGUCAGGUUCUGGAAUUUAUCGCAACUCUAUGAUCCCAUUGGAAUUGGAUUUGGAUUUGGAAUGACUCCCCCCAGUGGAGAUGAGGAGUCCGCCCCUUUUUAUGAAUCCUACCACACAUCCCCAACCAUCUGCCUGAUUACGGAUGCUGCGAAUAGAGUGGUGUGGAGUGGGCACAGGGAUGGUCGAAUUAGGUCCUGGAAGAUGGACCAGCCACUAGACGCCACUUCUUUCAGGGAGACUCUUUCAUGGCAGGCUCAUCGCACCCCUGUUCUAUCCAUUAUUAUGACUUCCUAUGGGGAUCUAUGGUCGGGUUCUGAGGGGGGUGUGAUCAAGAUUUGGCCAUGGGAGUCCACUGAAAAAUCUCUUUCUCUAACAGUGGAAGAAAGGCACAUGGCUGCACUAAUAGUGGAGAGAUCAUAUAUUGACCUUAGGAGCCAAGUCACUAUGAAUGGUGCCUGUAAUAUUUUUACUUCAGAUGUUAAGUAUUUGUUGUCUGAUAAUGCUGGAGCCAAAGUGUGGUGUGCAGGAUAUCUUUCAUUUGCAUUGUGGGAUUCUCGUACUAGAGAGUUACUGAAAGUGUUCAACAUAGAUGGUCAGAUUGAGAAUAUAUCAUUAGUACAGGAUCCCACAAUGGAAGAUGAUGUGAAAAUGAAGCGACCACAAAGUUCUUUCAGUUUCUUUCAGCGCUCACGUAAUGCUAUAAUGGGAGCUGCUGAUGCUGUUCGUCGAGUUGCUGUCAAGGGAGCAUUUGGAGAUGAUAAUCGGAGAACUGAAGCACUAAUCACAACAAUUGAUGGAAUGAUUUGGAUUGGGUGUUCAAAUGGAAUGCUUGUGCAGUGGGAUGGAAAUGGAAAUCGUUUGCAAGAAUUUCAGUACCAUUCUGUUGCUGUUCAAUGCUUAAGUACAUUUGGGUCUCGAAUAUGGGUAGGUUAUGUGAGUGGCACCGUCAACAUAUUGGAUCUCGAUGGCAAUUUACUUGGAGACUGGGUAGCUCACGACAGUCCUGUAAUAGAUAUGGCUGUUGGGGCUGGUUACGCUUUCACCUUGGCUAACCAUGGUGGUAUACGUGGAUGGAACGUCACAUCUCCAGGACCUCUUGAUAGCAUAUUACGUUCAGAAUUAGCUGGCAAAGAAUUUCUAUAUACUAGGAUUGAAAAUCUGAAAAUAUUGGCUGGUACUUGGAAUGUUGGACAAGGAAGAGUCUCUCAUGAUUCACUUAUUUCCUGGUUAGGUUCUGCAGCUGCAGAUGUUGGCAUUGUUGUUGUUGGAUUGCAGGAAGUCGAAAUGGGUGCUGGUUUCCUAGCAAUGUCUGCAGCAAAAGAAACUGUAGGUCUUGAGGGGAGUUCUGCUGGACAGUGGUGGCUGGAUAUGGUAGGGAAAACUUUGGAUGAGGGGUCAACCUUUGAACGUGUUGGUUCCAGGCAGCUAGCAGGCUUGCUUAUUGCUGUUUGGGUCAGAAACAAUAUUAGAGGCCAUGUUGGAGAUGUUGAUGUUGCAGCAGUUCCUUGUGGUUUUGGGCGUGCAAUUGGUAAUAAGGGAGCUGUUGGUUUGAGGAUGAGAGUGUAUGGUCGAAUAAUGUGCUUUGUGAACUGUCACUUUGCUGCACACUUGGAAGCUGUCAAUCGCCGCAAUGCUGAUUUUGAUCAUGUGUAUCGAACAAUGAUCUUCAGUAGGCCAUCUAACCUUUUCAAUGCUGCAGCUGCUGGAGUCUCAUCUUCCAUUCAAAUGCUUUGUGGUGUAAAUGGCAUGGGUAUCAAUUCUGUGGAAGGGAUACCUGAGCUAUCUCAGGCGGACAUGGUUGUAUUUCUUGGUGACUUCAACUAUCGGCUUGAUGGUAUAUCUUAUGAUGAAGCAAGGGAUUUUGUUUCUCAAAGAUGCUUUGAUUGGCUUAGAGAAAGGGAUCAACUGCAAGCAGAAAUGAAAGCUGGAAAUGUCUUUCAAGGAAUGCGUGAAGCCGUAAUUAGAUUUCCUCCAACAUACAAAUUUGAAAGGCACCAAGCUGGUUUAGCAGGGUAUGAUUCUGGUGAAAAGAAACGCACUGCAUGGUGUGACAGAAUUUUAUAUCGUGAUAGCCGCUCAACCUCAGUAUCUUCCUGUGGUUCAGAUUGUCCUGUAGUCUCUUCAAUUUCACUGUAUGAGGCUUGCAUGGAUGUGACAGACAGUGAUCACAAGCCUGUCCGUUGCGUGUUUAGCGUUGAGAUUGCUCGAGUAGAUGAGUCAAUAAGGAGACAAGAGUUUGGAGAAAUUAUUGGAUCUAAUGAGAACAUCAGGUUUAUGCUUGAAGAACUACGCAAGGUUCCAGAAACUAUUGUUAGUACAAACAACAUAAUUCUUCAGAACAAGGACACAUCCAUUUUGCGGAUUACAAAUAAAUGCGUGAAAGACAAAGCUAUAUUUGAAAUAGUUUGUGAAGGACAGUCCUCCAUCAAGGAGAAUGGACAAGCAUCCAAUCAUCGUCCAAGAGGUUCUUUUGGCUUUCCUCGAUGGCUUGAGGUCAGUCCAGCAGCUGGCAUAAUCAAACCAGAUCAUAUUGUGGAAAUUUCGGUUCGUCGCGAGGACUUCCAGACGCUGGAGGAGUUCGUCGAUGGCGUCCCUCGAAACUGGUGGUGUGAAGAUGCCAGAGAUAAGGAAGUCAUAUUGGUGGUCAAAGUGCGUGGCAGCUGCACAACUGAGACCAGAAGUCACCGAAUCCGUGUGCGUCACAGCUUCUCAGGCAAGACUAUGAAUAUGGAUAAUAAAGACAACUCUGGCCAUAUCCAAGCAAAUGUCCUUCGUCGGUCUGAUUUUCAGCGGCUCAGCUGUUCCUCUGAUGUAGUUGAUCACCUAAGAAAUUUUCAUAGUCCUUGAUACAGUAAGGAAACUGUUGGUGUAGAAACCCACGUGCUGGUCGUUGUGGCGUGAAGACUUGUUGACCUGAACAGGUCCUCUCUUGAGACCUCUAUAUGAGCAUCUCGAUGUAAAUACCUACAAAAGCCAGGAUGCCAUUUUUGUGCCACCUUGAAGUCACAAUCUUGAUUUCAUGUAGUUGCACUUUCAGCGAUCAUCUAGUGCGCUAAUUCUUUGAACAUAGAGGAGAUUUUUUUGGAGUCCGACUGGUUGUGUUUCAGAGAACUGUAAUUUCUACAGAUAUGUGUGUGGUGUUAAAACAAGUGUGUUACUGAUAAUUACAUGUUAUCUUAAGUUGAUAUGAGGACUUCCUGAAUAGCCUCUAAUUUUUAUUGGGAGAAGUUCAUGCCAGCAAAGGAGAAUUGGGUUUGUUAUGUUUGGACAUUUUAUUUGUUCUUGAAUAUUUUGUAUAAUGAGGAUUUCCCAUUUCUUUUCUGUUUGUAAGUUAUUAAUAUCUAACUCUUUUUCUUGUAUGAAAAAAAAAAAAAA